UGAGCGGGUAGGUUUAUUUUUGGGUCAGUGACAGUGUGUCAAUGGCUGCAGAUGCGUCGGAAAGGAAAGCUCUUAGAUACAAGCAAACCCUGCUCUAUGGGGAGUACCAAGAAAACCAAGGAGGCUCCGGCAGACGGGAGGCCACACGCCUGCUGACUGAGAGGCAGAUCAAGAAACAUGGGACCCACCACCGCAGCCACGCCAGGACACGGCACGGACAUGGGCGCCGUGGCCAAAACGGAUACCACAGCCGCCAUCAAUACAGCUACUACAGCAGGCAACGGAACAGGCGUCAGUCCAAUAUGGAGACCGAUGCUGCUGAGGAGCAAACAGCUGAGCCCGACCUCGCGUCCUCUGUGAAGAAGAAGCGCUCCUACUCCAAGUGUAGAGACUGCAUAGCACGAGUGCAGCGAUUCCUUGUGACCAGGUUGGGAGAGGACUGGAUCUUCCUGGUUCUCCUGGGCAUCACAAUGGCACUGGUCAGCUGGACAAUGGACUACGCCAGUGCAAAGAGUCUACAAGCCUAUAAGUGGAUUCACGGGGAGCUGAGGGGGAACAUCCCCCUGCAGUACCUGGCCUGGGUAUCCUAUCCCCUGAUGUUUAUCCUCUUCUCCUCCCUCUUCUGUCACCUGGUUUCCCCUCAAGCUAUUGGUUCUGGUAUACCAGAGUUGAAGACCAUCCUGAGAGGUGUGGUACUAAAGGAGUAUUUGACUCUGAAGGCGUUCAUCGCCAAAGUCAUUGGUCUGACGGCUGCUCUGGGCAGCGGCAUGCCUGUAGGCAAAGAGGGCCCGUUUGUUCACAUUGCCAGCAUCUGUGCAGCAGUUCUCAGCAGGUUCAUGUCCUUUUUUUCAGGAGUUUAUCAGAAUCCAUACUGUUACACAGACAUCCUGACGGUCGGUUGUGCUGUCGGGGUGGGCUGCUGCUUCGGUACUCCGCUUGGAGGUGUGCUCUUCAGCAUAGAGGUAACAUCUACAUACUUUGCUGUAAGAAACUACUGGAGAGGAUACUUUGCUGCUACAUUUAGUGCCUUCAUAUUCAGAGUGUUAUCCGUGUUUAAUAAAGAUGCAGUAACCAUCACGGCUCUGUUCAGGACAAACUUUCGUAUGGAUUUCCCUUUUGAUCUGCAGGAGCUGCCAGCAUUUGCCAUCAUUGGCAUCUUCUGCGGGUUCCUCGGCGCGUUCUUCGUCUACCUCAACAGACAGGUGGUGCUGUUUAUGAGAAGACCCAAUGCCAUGACCCGCUUCCUGACUAAACACCGACUGCUUUUUCCCGCUGUGGUAACGCUGAUAAUCGCCACCUUGACCUUUCCGCCUGGAUUUGGACAGUUCAUGGCAGGAGAGCUGAUGCCCAGAGAGUGCAUCAACUCUCUGUUUGACAACUUCACAUGGACAAAGAUUUCAGGGUCUCCUCCACCGGUCGGUCUGGGCCGCUCUGCUGCCUGGCUGCACCCUAAUGUCAGCGUCUUUGUCAUUCUGGUGCUCUUCUUCCUCAUGAAGUUCUGGAUGUCUGCUGUGGCCACCACCAUGCCCAUCCCAUCCGGAGCUUUCAUGCCGGUCUUCAUCCUAGGAGCUGCAUUUGGCAGGCUGGUAGGGGAGAUCAUGGCCACUCUGUUUCCUCAUGGGAUCGUGUUUGAUGGCAUCCUUUACCGCAUCAUCCCUGGAGGGUACGCAGUCAUCGGAGCAGCAGCGUUGACUGGGGCUGUGACUCACACAGUGUCCACGGCGGUUAUCUGCUUCGAGCUGACAGGUCAGAUCUCCCACAUCCUGCCCAUGAUGGUGGCAGUAAUCCUGGCCAACAUGGUGGCCCAGGGCCUGCAGCCCUCCCUCUACGACUCCAUCAUCCAAGUCAAGAAGCUCCCGUACCUGCCGGAGCUUGGCUUCGGACACAUGAGCCAAUACAACAUCUUUGUAGAGGACAUCAUGGUGAGGACGGUGAAGUUUAUGUCGUCUCAGUCCACAUACCGAGAAGUCAAACUCCUGCUGGACUCCACUUCACUCAAAUCGAUCCCCCUGGUCGACUCAAAAGAUUCUAUGAUCUUAUUGGGCAGCAUUGACAGGGUGGAGCUUCUGGCUCUCUGUGAUUGGUGGCUGUCACCAGAAAGAAGGCUCCUGAUGCAGGGUGAGAAGUGGGAUACAGCUGUCACAGAGAGACAGACAAUUAUUCACACCUACGAAAAAGGUUCUCUGCAGUCUGUGAGGAAAACACUCAGGAAUAUCUUCACCUCUAAGAGCAGGCAGACAGAGGGCCAGUCUCAGGAGCCUUGUCCUCCUCCGCUGUCAGACACAAUGACACCAGAAGAGAUUAAAGCGUGGGAAGAGGAAGAGAUGGACAAGCCGAUGGAAAUCGACGAGAUACGAGUGGACCCUUCCCCUUUUCAGCUGGUGGAGAGAACAUCGUUACACAAGACCCACACCUUAUUCUCACUGCUUGGCUUAAGUCAUGCUUAUGUGACCAGUACUGGCAAACUGGUGGGGGUGGUGGCACUAAAAGAGCUCCAAAAGGCCAUCGAGGGCUCCACACGCUCUGGUGUCCGGCUCCGCCCUCCUCUGGCCAGUUUUCGUGAUAUCAGCACCCACAACUCGGUCUCUAAACCUCCACCUCCAUCUCCCAACGCCCCUUCCUCUCCUCCCUCACCUGAAAUUGUUGCUCAGGCUCCUCCCCUCUCUCCCCCCUCCCCCUCUCAACACCACCACCAUCACAGCCAUGAGAAUGAAACAGAGGUGUUGAUCGAGGGUGUGCCGAGGGAGGUGGAGGAGAGCACCAGUAGCGCUUCGGGGAGCGGCAGCAGCACGGUGGCCUGCAGCUCGGCCAGCAGGAGCUGCAGCUGCAACAGCAACCUCACCCUCCCUCCUUCUUCUACUCCUCCCCCAGUCCCCUCUUCCUCCACUCCUCCUGCCUCUCCUCCUCUCUCCUCCAUCCGCCUCUCCACCCUACAGAGACUCUUUGAGGAAGAGGAAGACAGCGAUGAUGAGCCUAUGGUUUAGCUUACACAAGAGUGAUGCUUUUUUUUUUAUAAUGGAAAACUUUUAUAAUAGUUUGAGGUUAUUUCUUCUGUUCUUAAUACAUUUCUCCGGUCUUUGUACUUCCAUUUACCUCUUUUUAUGUUACUGGUACAGCUUCCACACACUGGUUUCACAGACCAUCACCUGUUUGGUGCAAAAAACACCUUAAACUGCCAUAUUCAUCUAGUUCCUUUGUAUCAGGUGCGAUUAGAAAGUUUGUGGUCUCCGCCCACAAAAGAAAAAUACAAACACUGACUUAAAUAUGGCUGAUCUUUCCUACAAGAUCAGGUCACUGUGCACUUCUGAACCUCCAGUGUGCCUGUGCUCCGUCUGGAAAGCCCCCUGGAAGCUGUGGUACGACUGCACAUACACGUUUGUAAUUUCAAAAUGCAUGUGAAGAGCGCUCAUCCCCUUCUCUGUCACAAUGACCCAACUUUAACAUAAGGAUCAUCACUGGUGAUAACGACCUGUUCUUUUUUAUACAGAGGUCUAUUUUUUCUUCAGUUUAAAUCAAAUGCUCCCUUUACCAGUAAAGCAUGGCUGAGGCUUCUCUUUGUCCCAGUCUGCACCAGCAUCCUGCAGUAACAUCCAGUUACAGCAGGCCUGUGGGGAUAGUUUGCUUCCCUUGUGAGACGAGCUUUAUGGUCACAAACACCUCCUAGUUGUUCUUGUGGGGACCUGGAUUUUGGUAUUGUAAACUUGCAGUUUUUGGUCCCCACAAAGAUAUGAAUACACGCUCACUCACACAUGCACAGAGA